AUGGAGUCGAAACUAAAGUCAGUCGAAGAAACACAUUCCCGGAACCUAGCGUCAGUGUUUUCGCAACAUAGCAAAGAGAUAGAGGAGAUCAAAGCACACGCUUCGGAGCUCAAAGAAGGUGAACUAGACAAGACAGCACAACAAGAAGUACAGAUGUUGCAACAAGCAAUGGAUGAUACUAUGCAAGAGUUUGCAGAACAACAACAGGCCAUAGAAAAGGAAGCUGAAGUAAGAGUUCAUCGGCUGAUAGACACGCUACUAAAGGUAAGCAUUGAUCGUCUACGUGAGUUUGUUUUCAACCUUGAGUCUCCAGUAUACUCUAAUACUGACAUUCCAACUGCAGAAUACUUGGGUACCAUGUUGGAGAAAGUCUCUCACUUAAGUACUCAGUUUUCCACCACCAUGACAGAUUACAUUGCAGACGAUAUGAGAGGAGAAAAUGAAAGUGGCCUUAUCAAAACUCUCAUAGAGCUUUCUGACUCAAUAGGAAAUCUGUUCUCCAAUGUAAAGGCAAUUCUUCGUGAUCGUAAGGAUGAUAUCCAGGAGAUUCUUGUUGAAGGGUCAAAAGAUCUAGCUCACAUGGUUGAGCUAUUCUUCGAGUCAAUGCUUAGCAAUCAUUUGAUGAAGCUGGAACUUCAUGAAAGGACUGACAGAGUCAUCACGGGCAACAUAAAUGUACAAGAGGUCCUUCAAAGCUUGAUGCAGGUCGUCGAAGUGUUCAGAGACCCUGGUAUGAAAACAUCAGUCUCUUCCGACGAACUUGGCUCCAUCUUGGAUAAGGAACUUGCAAACACGCAAGCAGCAGUUGAAAAGGCAGCUGGCUUGCUUGACUCAAUGUCAACCCGCCACAAGCUAGAAGUCCAAGAGGAUGGUUCACUUGAGGUGAAUGAAGCGAUCAUUUCUUGCGCUAGUGCUAUCAUUAAUGCUGUCAGGCUGUUGUUGAAAGCUUGCAUAGAUGCUCAGGAGGAAAUCGUAUCUCGUGAAAAGGGUUCCAUGUCGAGAGCUUUAUUCUACAAAAAGAAUAAUCGCUGGACCGAAGGCCUUAUAUCUGCCUCCAAACAAGUCGCUUAUGCAACGGGUAUACUCAUUAAAAUGGCGGACGGUGUCUUAGCAGGAACAAACACAAGCGAGGAGCUAAUUGUCGCAUCUAAUGAGGUUGCAUCUGCCACAGCGCAGCUAGUCUCAUCUUCCCGUGUUAAGUCGGAUCUGAUGUCACAAAGCCAUUUAAAUUUGGAGGAAGCAUCCAAAAAGGUCACAUCUUCAUGCAAAAUGCUAGUCACCAAGGUAAGGAGUCUUUUGCUUACCGAUGAGAGUCCCAAAACGGUUGACUACUCGCAACUCACCGCUCACGAGAACAGAACAGCUGAGCUUGAACAGCAGGUUGAGAUACUCAAACUCGAGAGCGCACUUUCUCACGCUAGGAAACGGUUGGGUGAAAUUAGAAAAUUCAGCUACAGAGAUGAAGGGUCCUAA